AUGACAAUGACUGUAAUGGUGAGGUGCUACAUGUUCAUUUUACUAACUCUUACACUUUGUUGUGCUUGUGGGUUGGUAUGGGCUGAUAAUCCUAAACCUUCUACUGUUGGUGUUCCUUCUACUGUUGGUGUUCCUUCUCUUGUUCAUCGUGCUAUUCCUGCGUUUGAACUCAUUCCUGAGAAGUUGGAUGAGUAUUAUUCAUUGAUGGUAUGUGGGAAGAAUGAAUGCAAGGCGGAGGAUGUGAAUACUGGACAACCUGCAGAAACGGAGCGUAGGAAACAGUCAGAGGAUUCAUUACCAGAGAAAACUGUUAGUUCUUCCCAUCCUUCUCUUAAUCCAGAGGAACCACCAGGUUCUACAUCGCGGCAAGCAGGUAGCCACCUUGGUAGCUUACUUCCUUCUACUUCGUCUUCUCAAGAACAGGGACUUGCUGCGAAUCAAGUCGAUUCACAAAGAAUCAAAAACGGUGAACACGUUGUCUCUCACAAUAUGGGUACUGGGGACGAAAAAGAAGAUCAGAGACAAGAGACAUCUGUUAAGGAGAACCAUUCACAAUCCACUGGUCAAGAAAGUGCACGAGACUCUCCUUUGCAAGUACCUGGUUCUACACCAGAAACAGAAAGGGUAUUAAGCGAACAGGAAUCUCAACCUUCACAAACAGAAUCACGUGAUACACAAAACCCGCAGACCACACAAGCAAAUGUGCAAGGAACUAAAAAUGGACAUGACUCUUCUGCUCCCACAACUCAGAGUACAAGUGACGUUUCUCCCAGCAACACAACCACAGAUGUUACCCAUAAUAAUCAGGCAGAGAAUGGAACUAAUGUUGCAAAACCUGCAGAGAGUGAGUCAACCACCACUACUACUACUACUACUACUACUACUACUACUACACUUCCUCCUGAACUCACAAACAACAAGAAGGGUGAUGCAGACAGCAGCAGCAGUAUCAACAGUUCUGUGUGGGUGCGUCUGCCACUACUGAUUGUGGUUACACUGGCUUGUAUUCUUGUGUGCUAG